GACCUCUACCUACCUCUGCUUCCUCGCUGUGCGCUCGGGGUCCUGCACGCUCGCUUCCCGAGGGGAGCACAAACGUGGGGGUACUCGGCGGGGACAGGGACAGUUCACACAGGUGUCGCUGCUGACCUGAGAAGUAUCUUCAGGGACGCAGCAGGCAAAACCCCUUAUACACCAGGGUCGCCUGUACACAUGGGUGCCCCCCUCGCGGGCUGCUUCUCAGACCCAGGGAGAAGAAACAUGCCCUGCGGCACUCCUGGACACCUGUGUCCGUACGCGGGUGUGGCAUCUGCAGAGACCCUCAGCUGAACACGUGGGCACGCGGGCACACCGGCUCCGCUAACGCAAACGCCAGGGGCUUCCGCAGUAAGAGAAGAUAAAUAUCAAGGCUUAUUUGUACAAGGAGGAAAUUUUGGAAAAGCAGAAAAACUUGAAGCUGAUGGACGUUGUAUGGGCCAGAGGCAGGGAUGGUUGGCUAUGACCCCAAAGCUGAUGGCAGGAAUAUCUCCAGUUUCGAGGUGGCAGUGGCUGGGUCUGUAUCUGGACUUGUCACUCGAGUACAGAUCAGUCCCUUGGAUGUCAUCAAGAUCCGUUUCCAGCUUCAGAUUGAGCACCUGUCUCGCAGUGACCCCAAUGCAAAAUACCAUGGGAUCCUACAGGCUGGGAGACAGAUUUUGCAGGAGGAGGGCCUGACAGCAUUCUGGAAAGGACACAUCCCAGCCCAGCUUCUCUCCAUAGGCUAUGGAGCUGUCCAGUUUUUGUCGUUUGAGCUGCUGACUGAGCUGGUGCACAGAACCACCGUGUACGAUGCCCGUGACUUCAAGGUGCACUUCGUGUGUGGCGGCCUGUCUGCCUGUGCGGCCACCCUCACCGUGCAUCCUGUAGAUGUCCUGCGUACCCGCUUUGCAGCUCAGGGUGAGCCCAAGGUCUACAAAACCCUGCACGAAGCUGUGGCGACCAUGUACAGGACUGAAGGCCCCCUCGUCUUCUACAAAGGCUUGAACCCCACCAUGAUCGCCAUCUUCCCCUAUGCUGGGUUCCAGUUCUCGUUUUACAACUCCCUGAAGCACAUGUAUGAGUGGGUCGUGCCAGCUGAAGGAAAGAAAAAGGAAAACCUCAAAAACCUUCUGUGUGGCGGUGGAGCUGGAGUCAUCAGCAAGACCCUCACAUACCCCCUAGACCUCUUCAAGAAACGGCUGCAGGUUGCAGGGUUUGAGCAGGCUCGAGCCCCUUUCGGCCAGGUUCGAAACUACAGGGGCCUCCAGGAUUGUGCCAAGCAAGUGUUUCAAGAGGAGGGCCUGAAGGGCUUCUUCAAGGGCCUGUCCCCCAGCCUGCUGAAGGCUGCCCUCUCCACUGGCUUGGUGUUCUUCUGGUAUGAGCUCUUCUGCAACAUCUUUCACCACAUGAAGAAGGCAGACAGCUAGCCUUCAGGGCAGGAAGGCCUGAGGCCUUCCCUGGAGGUGACCUGAGUGAAGUAAGACUUGAUCUGUAAACUUGCAUUGCACUGGGAGCUGUCGUCUGCUUGGCUUUCC